ACCUGCAUUUUCCAAAAUGGCUGAACUCCUGAACAGCAUACUCAAUGUGAUCAAAGUUUUCCAGACGUAUGCCAAAGAGAACUGCACUUCACUAUCCAAGAAGGAGUUGAAACAGCUGCUCUUAACUGAAUUUGGAGACAUCCUCCAGAGACCAAAUGACCCAAAGACUGUGGAAAACAUACUGACCCUCUUAGACCAAGACUUAGAUGGACAGGUUGAUUUUCAAGAAUACCUCUUGUUGGUGUUCCAGUUGGUCCAAGUCUGCCACCGAAAGCUAGGUAAGAAGUCAUGUGGACACAGAACCUCCCAGCAGGAAGAGGGGCAGGAAGUAACCCAAGACGCGGGCAGAACACACAGGCAGAAGCAUGAGGGAGAGAGGCAGAACCCCUUCCACCAUCAGUCUGAGAGACAAAGUCAGGAUGCCCAACACAAUCAAUCUGAGAGAAAAGAUAGGGAUUUCCAUCAUGGUCCAACUGAGAGACAGGGCCAGGACUUCAAGGAGCCAUGCCAGGUGUUCUCAGCAGCUGAGUUAAUCCGAGGGUUGCUUUCUGUCUUCGCGGGUUGGUGCAGAUUACUUGAAACAACAUUUACUAUUGGACUUGCUAACAACGAUGAUGACGAUGACGAUGACGAUGACGAUGAUGAUGAUGAUGAUAAUGUCAACAACAAUGAUGAUGAUCACAACAAAAAAUAG